UCGAUGUUUGUAAUAUGCUCUCACAGUCCCACAAAAUAUUUUUGCUUUCAGACCAAUCAACCGAUCAACCAAUGACUGUCACUGGCUACGCUAACUUACUCCGUCGGUGACCGUCAUCUUCUCGUUGCCAACCAAGCAGAUAACCCCUUAUCUAUCCACAGAUUUUGUGGUCACUCCGUUGACUUAUUUUGAAGUGGUUGUUGACAUAAUUCAUGGUAUGCUGAGCCGUUUUGAAAAAAUGAACUGAUUUUAAGUAGUGUUAAUAUGGGUCCUGACUUACAGAUGGAGGAGAAUUCAAACGCCUUGAUUGAAGUUUCUGCCACUAAGCAGAACAAUGAAAUCGUAUCCCUAGAUCCCCAGAAUAAGUUUAUGCAUAAUGCAAAUAAGAUGGAUGAUGACACUUUUCAUAUGAGAGGUUUAGUUGAUGGGAAAGCUAAGGUACAAAAUGGAAGCGGAGAUGUUGAGGUUAAGAUAACUGAUAACCAGAUUACUGGAAAUGUACCCCAAGAUUCAGAGAAUGAGUUGAAUAAUUGUGCAAAUAAUAUGGAUGAUGACAUGCUUCGUAUGAGAGGUUUAUUUCAUGGGAAAAGUAAGGCACAAAAUGGAAGUGAAGAUGUGGAGGUUAAUAUAACUGACUGCACAGUAUCUAGUGACCUUGGGUUGGUUGAAGCUGAAUGCCAGGACACGACUGAGAAUUCAAGUUCUUUUGAUAACUCUGUAUCUGAGACUCAGAAUGCCUCAACUUUGAGUGAUGUUGAAAUUGAAUCACCAUUUCGUGGUGCCAAUGCAUCUGCAUCAGUUUUUGAAGGAUACAAUGGAGCAUUUCCUAGGAGGAAGAAGAAGUUGACAGAUCAUUGGCGUCGAUUUAUACGUCCUAUCAUGUGGCGAUGUAAAUGGAUAGAACUCCAACUUAAGGAACUUCAGUUGCAGGCACAGAAAUAUGAUAUAGAAAUUGCUGAUUAUGAUCAGAGAAAACGGUUUGAGUAUGAAAAGUUAGCAUUAGAAGGUAUUGAUGCAAGAUCACGUCCAUUUUCUCAUCAAUUUCGAAGAAAUAAAGUCAUGAAAAGGAAGAAGAGAAAGCGAGUGGAAGAUACAACUGAUCUAGCAUCGUACAUGUCACAGCACAAUCUGUUCUCUUACUAUGACUAUAAGAGGUCUUCUGCUGACAGUACCUGUAUGGAAGUUGAUUGUGGUAAUUUAGUGAAUUCUGCAGAUAAUAAGAUUGUAAAUGGCAAACAAGGGUUUGAGUUUGAUGAUGGAUGGUUGUCGUUUGAGUUUAAGGGUGUUGAUAAAUCUUUGGAGCAAAUACUUUCAAAGAUUGAAGUGGUUCAAUCACAAGUUCGCCAACUGAAAAGUCGGAUUGACAAGGUGGUGAGUGAAAAUCCUGGAAAGUUCUGUUCCGUUAAUAGAUUGAGCUUGCUUAUACCAUGUGAUACAUUGGCCAGUUCUGAUCAAAACGCUGCUUCUCCUGAAAAUGGAAAUGAAAGGCCAAAUAGAUCAUUGUAUAUUUCUUCCCAGCGUAGAUCUGAGUGUAACAUUGGAGAUCUUUUUGUGCCUGGAAGUGCAAGUGAUGAAGAGGCGAUUCCUCUUCCUGAUACAAACAGAAGAACAGAGCAGCCUCAGAUUGGGGGUUCAUAUGAAAAUAACAAGGAAUCAAUCCUGAUGGAUGAUCAGGCAUAUCAGGAAGUCUUGCAGCAGUGCUUUGAAAGAGAAAUUAGUCGGAUCACAGAGAACCCACAACUGCAAGCUAGAAAUCUGAGUUCAAGUCCUGAUAUUGCUCCGGAAGCUGAGUUGCCCAUAGAAACAUCUGUGCCUCAUAGUCAACCAUCUAGUUCCAGGUCAAAUGUGCGUAACAACAGGAGGAAACUGGGGAGGCGAAAAUCACGCACAGGUAAAUGGAGUCGCAGAUCCUCUGGCUAGUUGGAUUAAAAGUUUGAAGACAAGUCUUGGCUAGCUAUGUUUGAAAUGAACUUUUCAAUGGCGCUUUUGAUUAUAAAUGUAGCUGCGGUUUAUUCUGUUGUAUAGACUCUUAUAGGAGAAAGUAAAUUGAUUUUGGAGUUUCUACACUAAUGAGAAUCUCUUUUUAUUUUACAUGUUCAGCCAAGGAGGCACUCCUUGUGGAUAAAUUAGCAUUAAUUUUUAGUGGGAAUUUUCUAUUGUUUGAUCAAUACAGGCAGUUUUUCAAUUUAGAAUAUUAUACUUGUAUUUCAUGGAGGCACUCCUUGUGGAUAAAUCAGCAUUAAUUUUUAGUGGGAA